AUCGCACGACGGUUUCGUUGCUUUACCAGGGAGCAAGAGCCACUCGCCCUCUGCGAGACGAAGGAGUGCGAGUCACACGAGAUCACGCGAGGAAGCGACACCCGCAGUGAUUCAAAAGACCCAAAAAGACGGGACGCGACGCACGGUACAAGACGUCGGAGAAGAUUCUACGCAAAGGACUUCAGCAAGAUGCCUGCACAGUUUGAAAGUAUCAACAGUCCGAUGACGCGGGAGCCGGUGGUCACGAAUGGAGUCCCAUAUUCCAUCGAUAGUGACAUCGUCAUUACGGGCAUUUCAGGUCGUUUACCUGAGUCGGCAAACAUUGAGGAGUUUAAGGAGAAUCUCUUGAAGGAAAUGGAUAUGGUUACCGAUGACGAGCGCCGUUGGGCGGCAGGCAUUUAUGGAUUACCGCGAAGAUCCGCCAAGAUCAAGGAUCUCGCUUCGUUCGAUGCCUCCUUCUUCGGGGUACAUCCCAAACAGGCACAUGUAAUGGAUCCGCAACUUCGUAUGCUGUUAGAAACUACGUACGAGGCGAUAAUCGAUGCUGGCAUCAAUCCUUCGACCGUGAGAGGAUCCCGCACUGGUGUCUUCAUCGGCGUCUCCUCCUCCGAAUCGGACGAAUUUUGGACGAAAGACCCGAAUCAAAUUAACGGAUAUGGAAUGAUCGGAUGUUGCAGAGCGAUGUUAGCCAACAGAAUUUCUUUCGCGUUUGACUUCUCUGGACCCAGUUACGCAAUAGAUACAGGUUGUUCCUCGGCCAUGUUUGGCAUGCAUCAGGCAGUCGCAGCGAUGCGCGCCGGCGAGUGCGACGCCGCGAUCAUCGGUGGAAUAAAUCUGCUGCUGAAGCCAGCGAACUCGCUUCAGUUUCAUAAAUUAAGUAUGUUAUCGCAGGACGGCAUGUGUAAAGCAUUCGACGCCACGGGCAAGGGAUUCGUAAGGGCCGAGGCAGUAGUGGUGAUAUACUUACAGAAGGCGAAGGACGCGCAUCGAGUGUACGCCACGGUGCUCCACACGAAAACGAACACCGAUGGUUAUAAAUCGCAGGGUAUCACUUACCCGAACGGUGAAAUGCAGAAUAAAUUAAUGCGCGAGGUGUACAAUGAGGCAGGGAUUAAUCCUGCAGACGUGGUUUACGUGGAGGCUCACGGUACUGGUACCAAAGUGGGCGACCCGGAAGAAAUCAACUCCGUUGACAAGCUGUUCUGCAAAGACAGAAAAACGCCCCUGCUGCUUGGCUCUGUCAAGAGUAACAUGGGACACGCGGAAUCCGCCAGCGGGGUCUGCUCGAUCGCCAAAGUGUUGAUCGCAAUGGAGGAGGGCGUGAUUCCCGCCAACUUACACUUUAACACUCCGAAUCCGGAUAUCCCUGGCUUGAAGGAAGGACGCAUUCGAGUGGUCGACAAAACCAUGCCGUGGAACGGCGGUAUCGUGGGCAUCAGUUCCUUCGGAUUUGGUGGCGCGAACGCUCAUAUUGUUCUUCGUAGUAACCCGAAGCCGAAGUUAUCCCCGGUGCCGGACACUACUGACCAGCUACCCAAACUGGUCGCAGUGUCGGGUCGCACGGAAGAGGCCGUGCAGACAUUGCUGGAGAAAGCGAAAGAGCAUCGGAAGGAUGACGAAUUUCUCUCGUUGCUACAUGCCAUACACAAUAACAAUGUACCACGUCACAAGAUUCGCGGCUACGAGAUCCUGAGCGUCGAUUAUACUCGCGAAAUAAAUCAAGUAGCCAACCCAAAUGACGAGAAACGUCCUAUAUGGUUUGUAUUUUCUGGCAUGGGCAUCCAGUGGCCGGGCAUGGGUCGCGAGCUGCUCAACAUCGAGGUUUUCCAACGUAGCUUGCGACGAUCCGCGGAAGCGUUGAAGCCCCACGGCAUCGAUCUCAUGAAUAUCAUCGUGAACUCUACCGACGAAACGUGCGAAAACGUGAUAGACUCCUUCGUGUGGCUCGCGGCUUUGCAAGUCGCUCUCGUCGAUGUCCUCGCGUCGAUAGGCAUACAUCCGGACGGUAUAGUUGGACACUCAGUCGGGGAAUUGGGUUGCGCCUAUGCCGAUGGCGCGUUUACCCCGGAGCAGACUGUCCUAGCAGCCUAUUGCAGAGGCAAAUCGAUUGUAGAUUCCAAGCCGGUGCCGGGAGCCAUGGCGGCGGUCGGCUUAAGUUGGGAGGAUGCUAAAAAGUUGUGCCCGUCUGACAUCAGUCCGGCUUGUCACAAUUCCGCGGAUUCAGUCACCAUUUCCGGUCCAUCCGAGUCUCUCGAGAAAUUCCUGGAGGAGUUAAAGAGCAAGGAUAUCUUUGUUAAGAACGUCAAGAGCUUCGGUGUCGCAUUCCACAGCAAAUACAUCGCCGCGGCUAGAAGCAAACUUCGCGCUUCCCUCGACAAGAUCAUACCAAACCCAAAGCAGAGAUCAGCUAGAUGGAUCUCGAGCUCUAUACCCGAGGCCGCGUGGGGCAGCCCGCUCGCACAGCUCAGCUCGUCUGCGUAUCACGUCAACAAUUUGCUGUCGCCCGUCUUCUUCCAGGAAGCAAUCGCGCAUAUUCCAGACAACGCGAUAACGCUCGAGAUCGCGCCAUACUGCUUGCUACAGGCGAUCUUGCGCAGAUCGCUGCCACCAACAGUGACCAAUAUUGGCCUUCACAAGCAGAACCACUCGAAUAAUCUGGCCUUUCUGCUGUCUAGCAUAGGUAAGCUGUAUGUGGCAGGUGCACAACCUAAUAUUUCCAAGCUGUAUCCACCGGUGAGCUUCCCCGUUGGUCGCGGGACACCCAUGAUUGGGCCCUUGGUCAAGUGGGAUCACUCCGCCACGUGGGAAGUAGCCUCCUUCAAGCAGACGUCGAGCCAAUCGGGCGAAUGCGUUGUACAAGUGGAUCUGUCAAAAGAGACAGAUGCUUAUUUAGCGGGACACCAGAUCGACGGACGGGUCCUCUUUCCAGCCACCGGUUAUCUUAUGCUUGUGUGGAAGACUUUGGCGAAGCUGCGCAGCACCGACUUCGAAUUAUUGCCAGUGGUGUUCGAGAACGUGCGCUUUCAGCGCGCCACCAUUAUGCCGAAGGAGGGAACGGUGAAAUUCUCGAUAAAUAUUUUCGAGGGAACGGGCGAUUUUGAAAUCUGCGAAGCCGGCACCAUUGCCAUCAGCGGAAAGAUCCGCGCGUCCCAAGCUAUCGAAAAGGAUCAGCUGAAACUCCCGCCACCGCCAUCAGUUCCUGUUGACAAGGAAAUUUUACCGUUGGAUACCAAGGACAUUUACAAGGAGCUGAGGCUACGCGGAUACGAAUAUGGUGGUAUCUUCCAAGGGAUCAAGACCUCUGAUAACUAUGCCACUAUCGGCGAGCUUCGUUGGCUCGACGAAUGGGUCUCGUAUUUAGAUACUAUGCUACAGUUUAGCAUAUUGUCUAAUAAACACAAGCUGCUAUAUUUACCAUCGCGUCUUCAAUACGUUGCGAUUGACCCGGUUCUUCACAAACGCUUGGUGGACAAGCUACCGCAGGACGGCGGAUUGCCGAUAUAUUACUACCAGAAUGUUAAUAUCGUGAAAUCAGGUGGCGUCGAACUCAGAGGACUGAAAGCUUCCCUGGCCCCUCGACGACAGCAAACUCAAGCUUCUCCUAAACUUGAACGAUAUAUUUUCGUACCCUAUGAAAAUUCACAUAGCCUUGUGGAGGAUCCAGCAAGGGCUAAAUCUCAUGCGCUGACUGUACUAUUCAACAUUAUGAACAAGAAUAUGCCAGCGUUGAAGUACAAGAUCUUAGAGAUCGCAGGUGAACGAGCCGCAGAAACUCUCUUGAUUCCGUAUGUAGUUGAUUUUUUCCUUGGUGAAAUGGAGCAUAUCACGCUCGAUUUAAAAUUGAUUGCUGGGUCUCCCAGUAAUUAUGCAACAGUUUCUAGCCAAGUGGAUAUUGAAAUUAUGGCGGAGGAUACGAAUGAUGUAUCUUCCAUUCAGAAUAUGAAUUUCAUAAUAGCAGCGGAUCUUAUAUCCAACAAAUCUUAUGAUGUUCUGAAAAAUCUGGCGGCUGCUUUGAAACCCAACGGUUUCGUUCUCCUGGAAGAGACCGCCGCACAAUUGAAUCUUAAACUCGCGCUGAAGCAAACAGACCUAAUAUUGGUCGCGAAACAGAUCGAUCCCGUAGGAAAGACUUAUCUGUUGCUGAAAAAACUUGAGAAGAGCAAGGAACCAACUAUAAUACAGAUGGUGGAGAAAAAUUUCUCGUGGUUGGAGGGUUUAAAAGCGGCACUGAAGAAAGCUGACAGCGAGAAUCAACAAGUGCUUCUUGUAUCCCAGGAACCGUUACUCGGUCUAGUCGGACUCAUGAAUUGUAUACGAAGAGAGCCUGGCGGUACGAACGCACGUUAUGUUUUUAUCCAGGACAAGAACGCUCCCAAGUUCAGUUUAUCCACGCAAUUCUAUGCAGAGCAGUUGGAUAAGGGAUUGGUGGCCAACGUGUUAAAGGGAGGUCAAUGGGGCAGCUAUACGCACUUGCUGUUGGAUCAACAGAGCAAUGUGUCUUCCCUGCAGGUGGAGCACGCUUAUGUAAACUCGUUGAUGCGAGGAGACUUGAGCAGUUUGAGAUGGAUCGAAGGCCCGUUGAGUUACUAUCGGCCCGAAAAUUCUUCAAAUACAACGCUCUGCAGCGUGUAUUACGCUCCUUUAAAUUUCAAAGAUAUCAUGCUGGCGACCGGAAAGCUGCCACCGGACGCUCUGCCAGGAAAAAUGGCCACGGAGGAUUGUAUAUUGGGAUUGGAGUUCUCCGGGAGAGAUGCGGAUGGACGUCGCGUGAUGGGUAUUGUCGAAGCUAGAGGACUGGCGACGACCAUAGUGGCGGAUCUCGAUUUCCUCUGGGAGGUACCCGACAAGUGGACAUUGGAGCAGGCUGCGACAAUACCUAUGGCUUACGCAACCAGUUAUUACGCUCUGUUCGUACGAGGUCAGCUAAAAGCGGGCGAAAGUGUGUUGAUUCACGCUGGCACAGGCGGCGUCGGUCAAGCCGCUAUCGUCAUCUCCCUGCACGCCGGUUGCACAGUCUUCACCACUGUUGGCACAACUGAGAAGAGGGAAUAUCUUAAGAAAAUCUUCCCUCAAUUGACCGACAGACAUAUCGGCAAUUCUCGGGACACGAGCUUCGAACAUCUGAUACUCACCGAAACCCAAGGACGUGGAGUUGACGUGGUGCUGAACUCGCUGGCAGAGGAGAAGCUGCAAGCCAGCGUACGGUGUCUCGCGUUGUACGGUCGUUUCCUCGAGAUUGGCAGGUACGAUCUAUCGAAUGACAACAACGUAGGAAUGUCCAUGUUUCUGAAAAAUACGGCUUUCCAUGGGGUAUUUUUGGACAUGCUAUUCGACCAUUGCGCGAAAAAGAAGGAAGUGGCAAGACUCGUUUCAGAAGGAAUCAAGAACGGUGUGGUGCGUCCUUUACCUUCGACCGUCUUUUCGGAGCAGCAGCUCGAGCAGGGAUUCAGAUUCAUGGCGACCGGCAAACAUAUUGGCAAGGUAUUAUUGAAGAUUCAGGACGAAGAGCCGAAGAGACGUGUCCCGCCCAUGCCUAAGAUAGUAGCUGCCAUACCUCGUACUUACAUGAAUCCGGAGAAGUCGUACGUAUUAAUCGGUGGCCUCGGUGGCUUCGGUCUGGAGUUGGCCAACUGGAUAAUAGCCCGUGGCGCCAAGUUCAUCGUUCUCGUGUCACGCUCAGGCAUACGCACCGGUUAUCAGUCGUUGUGCGUGCGACGCUGGCGCGAGAAUGGCGUCAAGAUUUUCAUCUCCACCGCAGAUGUUACAACUGUAUCGGGUACGGAACGCCUGAUUCAAGAAAGCAAUCGAUUGGCUCCGGUGGGUGGCAUAUUCAACCUCGCAGCUGUCCUGUGCGACGCGCUAAUUGAGAACUUGACGGAGGCCGACUUCAAAAUGGUGAUCCUGCCAAAAGUCGACGGUACAAGAAAUUUGGAUGCGGUAUCGAGGAAGUCUUGUCCAUCGCUCGAUUACUUCGUGGUAUUCUCAUCAGUAUCGUGUGGCCGUGGCAAUGCUGGUCAAACCAAUUACGGUUUUGCCAAUUCAGCUAUGGAAAGAAUGAUAGAGCAGAGGCAAGCCAAUGGUUUACCUGGUCUGGCUAUUCAAUGGGGUGUCAUUAGAGAUGUUGGCUUAAUCAUAGAAACGAAGGGAAAUAACGACACAAAAGUUUGUGGUACUAUGCCACAACACAUGACGAGCUGCCUGGCGACUAUGGAUAUGUUCCUACAACAACCGCAUCCGGUGCUAUGUUCCGCAGUAUUGGCGGAGAAACACAAAUCCACGAAUGACGGUAACAAAGCUGGUCUCAUUGGAGCUGUCGCCAAUAUCUUUGAUAUUAAAGACGUCAGUUUAGUCAACGGUACUCUGGCCGAUUUGGGUAUGGACUCAUUGAUGGGCGCAGAAAUAAAACAUACUCUUGAAAGAAAUUACAAUAUCGUGCUGUCGCCUCAAGAGAUCCGCGCCUUGACAUUCGCCAAAUUAGAAGAAUUAUCUUCAUCGACUGGCGAGACGAGUAAGCAACUUGCUGUCGCGAAAGCUACCGUAAAUUCGGACGAAAAUGCUGCCAGUAAUAUGCUGAUAUUGCAAUGGCCGGGUGAAGUGCUGCCCAAGGAAGCUCUCGUCCAAUUGAAAACAAAGAGCGCAAAUGGAACGCCACUAUUUAUCGUUCACGCGAUUGAGGGUCUGAUCAAACCGUUGGAACACGUAGCCAAGGAACUUGACAGACCACUUUGGGGUCUGCAAAGCGUCGAACGUGCGCCGCAUGAUACAAUACAGGAAUUGGCCGAGUUUUAUAUCAAGAAAGUCAGGGAGGUUCAAAAGAAGGGACCUUAUCACCUGGCAGGAUACUCGUUUGGAACUUGCAUCGCUAUCGAGAUGACUCUGCAGUUGGAGUUCGUUGGAGAGAAAGUCAGUCUAAGUCUAAUCGAUGGUUCAAUAGAGUUUAUGCGACAACAAUGCGAAAUGAUCGGCAAAAUAGAUACAUCGAACUACCUCGUUUCCGAAGGCUGUAUGAAAUCAUUGGCGUAUUUCAGCAUUCAAUUUAACAAGAAUGUUACUUAUCCGGAAGCAUACGAGGUUCUGAAGCAGAGCAAAUCGGAGGAAGAGAUGUUUGACAAAAUGUUAGAGAUAAUAGGUAACACUGCGUUUGUGGAAGAAGAUUUAAAAGUCGCUGGAUAUCUUCUGUUGAAAAAAUUGGCGGCCGCUACAAUGUAUUCUCCGGAUAAAAAAAUUGAAGGACCAGUGACACUAAUUAAGGCUAAAGAAAACUUUAUACCUAUAGCAGAAGAUCACAAUUUAUCACAGAUCUGCGUACAACCUGUAAGAGUGGAAGAAGUAAAUGGCAAUCACAGAACGAUAUUACUGGGGACAAGCGCAAAGAGGAUCGCAAGUCUCUUGCAAGCAUAAUCUGUAAAACGCGAGAAAACGUUCGUUAAAAUGAAGCGUGUAACAAUUAGAAUUCGUGUAAAAAUGUUAUCAUGUCUAAGAGAAUGACUUCACGCAUAACACGAGACCGUUAAAAAUUAUACGAACUUAUUAUGUUUAAUUUAAAUUAAUUAAUAAUAAGGGAAGUACUAGUAUACCAUUUUAAAAAGCUGUAUCUCGUGCAUUUCUCAUUUUGUACGUUUUACUUGGUUGCAAAGAGAUCUUCUGGUUUGUAAUAUUGGAAAGGAUAUUAGAAGAGAUAUAUAUGCAAAAGAUUCCUAUGAAAAGAUGUGUCACUUUAUACUGCACAAAAUCUGCUAUUGCGGCAAUGUGCAAAGAAUUUGUAAUCAUAUGAUCACGUUAAUGUAAUUACGUGAUGAAAUAUAUUCUACAACGUUCCUGCAACCGUUAUGCGGUAGAACGUAAUCUUCACAAGGUUGCAGGAACGUUGUAGAAUAUAUUUCAUCACAUAAUUACAUUGACGUGAUCAAAUGAUUGCAAAUUCUUUGCACAUUGCCGCAAUAGCAGAUUUUGUGCUGUAUAAAGUGAUACAUCUUUACAUAGGAAUCUUUUGCAUAUAUAUCUCUUCUCAUGUCCUCUCCAAUAUUACAAACCAGAAAAUCUCUUUGCAACCAAGUAAAACGUACAAAAUGAGAAAUGCACGAGACACAGCUUUUUAAAAUGGUAUACUAGUACUUCCCUUAUUAUUAAUUAAUUUAAAUUAAAUAUAAUAAGUUCGUAUAAUUUUUAAGUACAUGGGAUCAGUAAUUUGUUUUUAAGACUGUAUAAGCUUUACCGUGAUAUUUUCAAAGAGGACACAAAUUUAAUGCGCAUUUGCGCGUGUCUAUUUAUUUAAAUUAUAUAAUUAUAUAUUAUAUUUAUUUUUUUCUCCACUUACUUAGUAAUUAAUGAUACUUUGAUUUAAGCGGUUCGAUCUCGUUAUUUCUAGCAUUAAAUGCUAGAAAUAACGUGAUCGACCCGCUUAAAUCAAAUACCUGCAAUGCUUCAUCAUUAUAUAGCAUAAUGAAAUUGUAAAUAACAACAAGAUAUAUCAAUGCAUUGCUUAAUACACUUUUUAAUUACUGACUCUUCACAUUCGAUAUAAUGAAAAUAUAAUUAGUGAAGAGACAUUAUUCCAAGAUUUAUCGCACAAUAUGUAAUUUAUAUUUCCAUUUAACGAUUAAAAGUUUGGCUUAUUAAGUAAAUA